AUGGCUUUGCAUGCAAUCACCAAGAAGUUUCAUUUCAAGAAUGAAAAGUCAGAUCCCACAAUGAUGAUCCUAAAGUGUUGUGGAAUCGGAUGCCCAUGGCGCGUGUAUGCGGUUAUGUUAAAGGAUUCCGACGUGUUCCAGAUAAGAACCUACGAAGGUAAACACACAUGUACAAUAGACGUCCGUGGAGGUUACCAGCAGCAAGCAACAGCAUCCGUUGUUGGGGAGCUGAUGCGAACAAAGUUUGCAGGCGUCGGGGCUGGUCCAAAACCAGGAGAAAUAAGACAUAUGAUGCGGGCAGACCAUGGCGUUAAUAUCUCUUAUUGGAAGGCUUGGAGAUCGAGGGAGAUGGCAAUAGCUAAUGUACAUGGGUCUUGCAAUGCUUCGUACGUUGAUCUUCCGUCAUAUUUAAACAAGCUUGUAACUGUCAAUCCAGGAACAAUAGCAAACCUAUGCACGGAGCCCACAGAUGAUGGAGGUCAACGAUUCAAAUACAUGUUUGUGUCGUUAGGUGCUUCAGUUAAAGGUUAUCGAUAUAUGAGGAAGGUGGUUGUUGUUGAUGGGACACACUUAAAAGGCAAGUACGCCGGUUGCUUGUUAACAGCCUCGGUCCAAGACGGUAGUUAUCAAAUUUUCCCGCUGGCUAUCGCGGUGGUUGACAGCGAGAACGAUGCAUCGUGGGAAUGGUUUUUCCAACAACUAAAAGCUUUGGUACCAGACGAGGAGGGUCUAGUGUUUGUGUCUGACAUGAAUUCAUCUAUUUACAAAGGCAUAAGCAAGGUUUACGAAGGUGUUGCGCACUGUAUAUACAUCGUCCACCUGAAGAGAAACAUCAGAACGAAUUUCAAGGUUAGUCACCUCACUUACUUGGUUGCGAAGGCAGCGAGGUCGUACCGGGUAGAGGACUUCAACAAAACUUUCAACGGGAUAAGGACAUGGAUGCGAGAUGCGCAAAAUACCUAUUGGAUACAGGGUUUGAGCAGUGGGCACGAUCUCAUUUUCCUGGGAAUAGAUUUGACAUAA